AUGAAUUCAGUAUUUUCGAUUAAACCUUUUAUAUUUGCCUUGAUAAUAUGUUGUCAAUAUUACCAACAUGAGGCGAAUAAGAGCGACCAUAUAUUUAAAGGCCGCGAUGCGACAAUUACAUUGUCAUCAAGAAUUAAUAGAUUAUUAUCAGAGUGUGAAGCACCACCAAGCACGAAUCCUCUAAGUUCACAUCGCCGAAAAGAAAAGGAAUUCAAUACCGAAUCACAAAAAGGAGAUUUGGAAAUAAAUAUAAAUGAAAACGAUAUUGUUAAUUUAGAAAAUUAUAUAGAAGAAAAUAUGAAUAAUAAUAAUAUGAAUGAUAAUGAUGAUGAUGGCGAUGAUGAUAAUGAUGAGGUAGAAUUUGAGGAAGAAGGAUAUUCUGCGAAUUACCGAACAUACAGUAAACGAGAUCACUUAAUAGGUGAUCAUAAAAAAAAUCCCAAAUAUUUUUUGGGUAUUAAUAAAAAGAAAAUAAAAAAAUAUGUGACAAAUAUGAAUAUGCAAGCAGGAUUUGUUGGUCCUACAGCUUUUGGGGUGAGUUAUCCAAUUCACCAAGGAUUGUAUAAUAAUAAGUUUGCUCCUGCUGAUGCGCUUAACUAUUGGUUAACCGGAUCUUCGUUUGUAUAUGUCUUCCAUCUAAUACGUAAUGCGUUUUUUAAUACUAGAAAAGUAAAUAUUUAA